CAUCUGGAUCCGCAAAGCGUGAUCUUGUCUUGUUUUGUGUUUGUCUGCUUGGUUCCCGCUCAUUUGCACGUGUUGUCAGGCCUAGCGGUUCGCAAAAUCCAAGAUUUAGCAGCAUUUCCAGCAGUUUUGCAUUCCUUGUUUUACGGAGUAAUAUUCCUCAGACACCCAUAUCCAUUAAAAUGUUCGGUCUCACUCAGCUGGCCAGAGCACGCUCAUCGCUCCUGAAGCAGAUCAUCCAGCCUGCACGACUGGCCUCAAAUGCUGCUAACACUAAAGAAGCCCCGGCCAAAUAUGAAAAGACCGUCAAUACUGUGACUUUGAUGGGCAGAGUGGGCGCCGACCCCCAGAAGAGGGGCAAUGAACAGCACCCUGUGGUCAUUUUCAGCCUUGCCACCCACCUGAACUACAAAUAUGAAUCAGGUGAGCAACAGCAGAAGACUGAGUGGCACCGCAUUUGCUGCUUCCGUCCAGGUCUACGCGAUCUCGUCUACCAGUAUGUGCAAAAGGGCCAGCGUGUCUACGUGACUGGACGUUUGACCUACGGUGAAAUCACCGACGCUGAAGGCGUCCAACGCGCGACCACCGCCAUCAUUGCCGACGAUGUCAUUUUCAUGUCCGGCACUCCCAAGAGCGCCUAAGCAAAAUUGAUCAAAAAUUAUAGUUCCUUAAGACUGCUCCGAGGCUACAGGCGUUAAAACGUUUCUCCCGCCAGGCAGUUGUGCUCUUGAAAGAAAUCAUUUAUUUUGGGAAAAAUCUGAAAGAUUUGUUUUAAAAUUUGUCCGUUGCUCAAAAUGAAUCAGGGCUCUCAAAUUGAUUUGAUUGACCAAUUUACUCUCGCAGCCAGUAUUUUGCAUUUUGUCAGAUAUUUGUUUCAACGCCACUAACAUGUAAUUUUCCCUUCAUAUAUUAGUUCCAGUAGAUUCUUAGGAAUGCCUUCCAAAUCAUCAUUGUGACUCUUUUUAGUUAUUGCAUCACCUUGUAGAGUUUAUGUGUACUUAAAAUUCAAUAAAGCGUCCAGAAGCUAUUUAGUAAA